AUGGAUGAUGCUUUUUCUGCCAUUUUCGGAGUGUCAAGUCGAAGAGGGAACGACGGGGACCGUCAAACGGCUCUUCCGGUGGACGGAUGUUUGGAUGGAGCCUUUCUAUCUGCCGGUCUCUUCAUAGUCGAAUCACAUACCGGCCCGGAAUUGCCUGCUGAGAAGCAGCCAAAACUCCACUUCUCCGACGAGAAUUUCAUCUCUGAAGACCUCCGUGUGAAAGCACCCGAUAGUCAGAGAAUGAGCCUCUUCCGUGUCUCAAAAGAUCAUAUCACCUAUUUCCGUCACUAUCGCCAGGAUUCGAAUGGGUUGCGGAUCGUGUCUUCCCAGACGGUCACUAUGGCGGAUGAUCCUCUUCUGGCGAAUGCCUGGCUUCUGCCUUUGUGGGAUGUCGACAUGAAGGGAGAUAUGCGGGGGAAACGGUGUUUGCUUGUGCUGCAAUUAGAGGGUCCGACUGCGACGGAUCAGCCGGUCCAUGCGGUGUUCGGUGGGAUGGUUGAUGUGUGGGUGAUGGGAUCCGAUAUCAGGGAGAUGAGCUUGGGCUCUCCCUGA